GAUUCGCAUUACAGCAGCUGCUAUUGGUGUUUUUGGACUCAAGUGGACGGGUUAGGCGGAUAAGGACCAAUAAGGACGUUAGAUUACUCAUAUUGAUCGAACGUCAUUGUCCCAGUGUGAAGGUCGUAGAAGGCGUAUUCUAUUGGUGGAUCAUUUACGCGGAUUACGUCCUUGUUAAAUUCGUAAGGUCAUAACGAAUCAGCGACGACCUUGAUCAAGUCAUAACAAUUGGCUACAGUCUAGGUCAAAUCAUAACAAAUUGGCGACGGCUAGGUCAAGUCAUAACAAAUUGGCGACGGGGAUUUCGGUAAAAAAAAAUACAAUAAUUGGGACGUCAUUUUGGCAACAAAAAAAAAUACAGCAGUCGGUGACGUAUUUUGGAAUUAAAUAAGCUGUAAUAAUUGCCGGCGGUUUUUGGAGUUAUUAUUAUUAUUAGCAAUAAAAAAAUGACGAUUUCUCUGGAACAGUUGCAGAUAAUAUUAGAGCACCAGCAUCAGCAGAUGUUAAGCUUCCAGCAGAAACUAUUUGAAAAAUUUUUGGACAAAUUUUUCACUAAACAAAACGUCUCAGGAAAUAAAGAAAUUAUUUAUAAUGCAGAUAAUGGUGCGGAAAUGGCCGUCUGUGAUGUUUAAAUAAAUCAAUGACUUCUUAGUAUUGAUGACUGUUGUAAUUUUGAAUUCCAAAUACAAUACAUUCGUUCGAGUUCAUCUGAUACUUCUUGAUUAAAUUGCGUUAUUCCUGGGAUUACUAGUUCAUACUACAAUUCAAAUACUUCUAAUUAUCAUAUUGGCGUCGCGACUGAGCCUGUGAUGAAACGGUUAAAUAUAAAUUCAGAUUUUAAUGCUUUUGAGGAGUACAUGGAAAGGUUCGAAAUCUGGGCUAUGACCAAGGAAGAUGAUGAGGAUUUUAAUAUUGUGGCCCAUUUCCUUACAUUCAUCGGGAAAGAAGCAUACAGCCUUAUAAAGAUUUUGGCACUUCCAGACAAACCGAUUUCACUCCCCUAUGCAACUCUCAAGCAACUUCUGUUGGAUCAUGUAAAGUAUACAAAUUCCGAAUGCGGUAAGAAAGGAAAAUCCGAUAAAAUGACUCGUCAGAACAUCAGGAAUUCCACUUAUUCAAACAGUCGUCGUAGUUCGAUGCGUAAUCAAAUUUAUUCAGAUAAUACUUCAUUGAGUUGUGAAACAGUCCAUGAUGAUGAGCACAAGUUUAGUAAAUGCAUGUUCUGCGGCAAGUUUCACCCAUGUAAUUCAUGUAUAUUUCGUAAUUCUAAAUGCUUUAAAUGUGGUAUAACUGGACAUAUUCAGUCAGUUUGUAAUACCAUGGUUCAUUUCGCUGAAAGUAAUGCUAAGAUGGAUGCUUCUAAUGAUCAGUUAUCUUUAUCUAGAAGAGGUAUAACGUUAUAUAACAGUCCAGAGUUGAAUGAAACCCAGAGUCAUUGGGAGGCGAAAAUUCUCAACCAAUCAACUUAUCAGAUUUCUCAUGUUAUUGUGCCAGAUAUGGUUUGUCGUAAUAAUUCACAUACUUCUGAUGUAAUUUCUUACAACUCUGAGAAUAGAAUGUUAAAUGAGUCAAAUCAUGAUCAAAAACCAAAUUCAGUCAUGGUAGAUGUUGAAUUCCCUGAUGAUCCAUUACCUAAUGAAACUCUUAAUCAAUUUGAGGAAAAUAUUUCAGAAGAAUCGAAUUCUGAUAUCAUAUCAAGUGUCAGUGGUCCUCAUAAUGAAUUUAUCUCUAAUGAUAUUCCUCAUGAAUGUGAAAAAUAUGUUUCUUAUGAGUUGAAUUCUAGUCAUAUUUCUGAUGUUAUUGUGUCAUAUGUUGGAUACUCUCACGAACAAUGCAUGUUGAAUAGAAUCCCUAGUCAGGGGUAUAAUGAUACAGAGAGGAUAGCAAAAUUUUCCGAAGCAACCAGAGAACCAGUUUGCCCAGAAGUGAAGUUUGCACAGACAGAGAAUCCAAAUCAAGUCCAAGAUUAUCCUAAUGAAUAUGAGGCAGAUGAAUGUUUUCUAUCCGAUUGUUUCGCAGGUAAAUCAAGCCUAAUUGAAUCACGUGUGUUAAUUACAUAUAUCAAUGUAUAUCCAUCUGUGUAUUCUAAUAUGAAUAACAAAAAGAAUAUGUAUUAUGAUUUUUAUUCAAGUCAAAGUCACAUGAUGGAAUACCUCAAAUUAUAUAUCAGUGUUUAUUCCCAAAUACUCACAUACAGUAGUCGGUGCGUAAGAUUUGAGAUAAUGCAAAUUGGGAACGUCAUAUUGGCUAAAACAUUGCGAAUCAAGGACCCAACAUUAUUUCGUGGGGGAGGAUAUUGUUGGAAAGUCCAUGAUGCAAAUUCUAAAUAUCAAUGGUUUCACUACACAACCGACAUGCUGAUUGUAUACAAUUCUAGAACCCAGGUGAGUCUGUUCCAAUUUCCGUUGUUAAUUCUAAUACUGAUGAGUGCAUUCUAGAUAAUACGGAGUGUACAUUCAAUACACCAUCGGACAGAUGUAGGAUGAACUUAAGAAGAAGACAAACAAUCGAUUACAGACACUUACACUUCAAUUCGAGCUGUGGCGGAUGUGAUGUUUAAAUAAAUCAAUGACUUCUUAGUAUUGAUGACUGUUGUAAUUUUGAAUUCCAAAUACAAUACAUUCGUUCGAGUUCAUCUGAUACUUCUUGAUUAAAUUGCGUUAUUCCUGGGAUUACUAGUUCAUACUACAAUUCAAAUACUUCUAAUUAUCAUACCGUCUCAGAAGAACGCCAAGUUGAGGGUUCAAUUCCCUUUAUAUCUGACGGAAAUUGCAAAAUUGUAUCAGAUGAGCAAGAAAAAGAAGGUUCCGCAGACAACCCUCGGAGUCCAGAAUCAAAUGAAACACCAUUAAGUCCGCCCAUAUCUGAAGACAAACUUAAGUCAGAACAGAACUACAGUUUGCGUGAUGUUGGCCAAGAAAACUGGAAGAACGCAUCUCCAGAAAAUAACUGGAACAGUACAGUUAACCAAACUGCGCCAAAUGUGAUUCGAAAUCAUGGGGAGACAGAAGCCUAUAAUAUGGGUUCGCGUAAUGAUGCCCAUAAUUCUGAUGAAAUUUCGUAUAAAGAUGAGAAAAAUAAGUCGGUCGAAUCAGAUGGUGAUCAAAAAUCUAAUGCAAUUUUAUUUGAUGCCAAUUCUCCUAGUUAUCUAAUAUCAUCUAGUGAAAAUUUUAAUGAAUUUGAUGGAGGUAUUUCAGAAAAGCCGAAUUCCGAUAACCUAAAAUCAAAUAUUGUUCAUCAUCAUCUAUUCAUUUCUAGUAGAUUCUGCGUUCAAUACGAGAAAUAUGUACUAAAUAAAGUCAUACUAAUUGUAUUUUGGAGAUAUGAGGAUCCAACAUUAUUUCGUGGGGGAGGAAAUGUUGGAGAAUUUCAACUUACAGAUAAUUUUUUUAAAAUCAGAAGCUAAUCUUCGAAUCUUCAAAAAAGGGGAGGUGUUAUGUAGUAGCGAAGUACGGGUAACUAGAUUAUCUAUAUCUAUAUUCAUCUUAUUGUAAGCUUCAUUUUGACAUAUUGAUUAUUAUUGUAUGAUUUACUGUUCCUAAGUUAUGCUCAGUUUAUUGAUUAUUGUCUCCCACGCUUACAGCCUCAUUUGGCCUGGUUUUGUACAAAUAUAAUUUUCUAUUUUAUGGUGUGGUGUGGUCUGCCUGUCUGGUAUAUAGAUAAAGUAUGUUUGAAAUAAACGAUUCGCAUUACAG